GAACGAGUGUCGCUUGGGCUGUUUACGCUUGAGUUUUGUGUGUGCGUUUUCGCCUGGCAUUGUAGACGCAGCAGCGAGAUCCCCACGACUUACCUAGUACAUGCGCAGCCAUUCAGACUACCUGCCCCUUGGGUCUCCCUCGGACAAGCCGCCGCCUUCGUCGUCUGAUGGGGCCAAGAACCACCAGAACCCGCGGGUGUUCUGCCCCGUGGCGGUACCCCUGACCAACAAAAAGUCGGCGGGGGCGGCCGAAGUGUGGGAGCCAGCCAAGCUCGUGCCCCAGCUCACGGUAGACGAGGCGCAGCACUUGGAGUGGAAUUACGGCCACGUCCUGACAAGACAUCGGUCGUUGGGUGGGGGCACCUCUCCGGAGUCGCCUUCUACCCGCAACCACAACGAUGACAACGACCAUGACAACGGCGAUGACGAAGCAGAAGAAGAGCUCAAGGUGCUGCUCGAUCCGUACUACGACGUCACGUCGGGGCGGUUGCGCCGCAUGUACCAGCACUUUAACCCCCACGGGGGGGCGGGGGUAACAUACGAAGCAUUCGAAAAGGGGCUGUUUGCGUUGGGCAUCACGCCGCCCCCAGGGAUGGACUUUGGCCAGUUCACUCGGAAAGUCGACUCGAACGGCGACGGCACGGUGAGCUUGGCCGAGUUCGUCGCCGUCGUCCAGAUGAUCAAGCAAGCGCACCUGUUCAAACCGGACCAGAGCCAGCAAGACAACGGCAACCAUGACAUGGUCACGUGUCUUCGCGUGGUCGACUACUCGCCAACCCACGUCCGUGCCGUCGACCCGGUCCGGCACCUCCAGGGAUUCAUGUUCUCUGCCAAACCGGACUGGGCCAGCGUUCGAUGGGUCCAUCUUGGUGGGUUCAAGCGCAUGGACGACCUGAACGUCCGCCGACUAGCCAUCAAGUACCAGCUGCAUCCACUGGCCGUGGAGGACUGUUUGAGUGCCGACGACAAGAUCCGGUGCAAGUAUGAACACUACGACGACCACUCGUUUCUCAUUGUGCCCGUGCUGCGACCACUGGACGGCCUGAAACGAGCUCACAUGGAAGCGUGCAUCAACGAGCGGCGCCGCGCCCUCUUCAACAAGGACCGAACGCUGCGCAAAGGGGGUGCCCUCAAGCCAGAGGACGACUUCUUUAACGACCGCAAAUUUGUGGCGGCGCCUCGCGCUUCGUCCAUGAUGUCGUUCUUCAAGGCCACAGUGUUCACCAAGCCCGUCGCUUCGCCCUACAAGCCGAUCGGCAAAGGGCCCCCCACGUCCCCGUCGUCUCGCCACCGCAAGCGCACCGAGAUCGAAGCCAAGCUCGACGCGCUGCACGUGCUGAUGCGUCAUCCGCAGCAGCUGUGUGUUUUCGUGUCCAAAGACAAGAGCCAUGUGCUGAGUGUUCAAGAAGAAGAAACCGACAACGCUUUACCGUCGUCGCCAAAGCCAUUGUGGCACUUUGUGUUUGAGCGCAACUUGACCAAAUCGUACUCAAAGUUGCGCAACCACGACGCGUCGUUCCUGGUCGUGUCCAUCUUGGCCGCGACGGUGGAUGAGAUGAUGCCAUUGGUCGCCGUCUUUGAAGCCACGUUGAAAAUGCUCGGGAAACUGCUCCGUCUCGACGGCAUCCAGUUCAACGCGAAGCGCCUGGCACGAGCUAAGAAACACUUGAUCGGCAUUGAAAAGAUCGUGCGGCCCAUGCUCGACUUGGUGCAAGACCAAUUGCUCGACCAGGACGAAUUCAGCCACGGCGAAGUGAAAAACUACCUGCGGGACGUGAUGGACCACCUCAAACAAAUGGCAGUGGACAUCCGCGACCACCACCAAACGCUGGCGGCGUUGGUGGAGGAAGACAAGCAGCUCCGCGCGCAGCACCAGACUGACGUGAUGUACGCCAUGUCGGUGGUCGCCGCGUGCUUCCUUCCAGGGACGUUUAUGACGGGGAUCUACGGCAUGAACUUUGAAAACAUCCCCGAGCUCAAGUUGGAAUACGGGUACUACGUGUGGUGGGUCGUGCUCUGUGUGAUCGUCAUCACGCUCAUGUUUUACCUCAAAGUCAUCAAAAAAUGGAUCUAGCCCCCCCGAGCACACCGUGAAAUCGACGGCAUGUCGUUCGUAGCUCAUAUACACCCCCCCAGAAAUAAUACAAUCAAAUGCUACUGAA